AGGGGCGGGGGGCAGGGGGUGGGGGGAAGACAUGGCUGGGGCUCGGCGCGGCUGGCGGCUGGCGCCCGUUCGCCGUGGCGUCUGCGGGCCCCGGGCGCGUCCGCUCAUGCGGCCCCUUUGGUUGCUCUUCGCAGUGAGCUUCUUUGGCUGGACCGGGGCUCUGGACGGCUCCGGGGGAACGACCAGAGCCAUGGACGAGGAGAUCGUGUCCGAGAAGCAGGCGGAGGAGAGCCAUCGGCAGGACAGCGCCAACCUGCUCAUCUUCAUCCUGCUGCUCACCCUCACCAUUCUGACGAUCUGGCUCUUCAAGCACCGCCGGGCCCGCUUCCUGCACGAAACCGGCCUUGCUAUGAUUUAUGGUCUUUUGGUAGGCCUCGUGCUUCGGUACGGCAUUCAUGUUCCAAGCGAUGUGAAUAAUGUGACUCUGAGCUGUGAAGUGCAGUCAAGUCCAACUACCUUGUUGGUCAACGUCAGUGGAAAAUUUUAUGAGUAUACGCUGAAAGGAGAGAUUAGCUCACAUGAACUCAACAAUGUUCAAGAUAAUGAAAUGCUUAGGAAGGUUACUUUUGAUCCAGAAGUCUUUUUCAACAUACUGCUUCCUCCUAUCAUAUUUUAUGCAGGGUACAGUCUCAAAAGGAGACAUUUCUUCCGGAACCUUGGGUCUAUCUUAGCAUAUGCCUUUCUUGGAACAGCAAUUUCUUGUUUCGUUAUUGGGUCCAUCAUGUAUGGCUGUGUAACCCUGAUGAAGGUGACCGGGCAGCUCGCGGGAGAUUUUUACUUUACAGAUUGCUUGCUGUUUGGUGCCAUUGUUUCAGCCACCGACCCAGUGACUGUUCUUGCCAUCUUCCAUGAGCUUCAAGUUGACGUUGAACUCUACGCUCUUCUCUUCGGGGAAAGUGUCCUCAAUGACGCGGUUGCCAUAGUGCUGUCCUCCUCAAUAGUGGCAUACCAGCCAGCGGGAGACAACAGCCACACCUUUGACGUUACAGCCAUGUUCAAAUCUAUUGGAAUCUUCCUUGGGAUCUUCAGUGGAUCUUUUGCAAUGGGUGCUGCAACAGGCGUGGUAACAGCUUUAGUGACAAAGUUCACAAAGCUGAGAGAGUUCCAGCUGUUGGAGACAGGCCUUUUCUUCUUGAUGUCCUGGAGCACCUUUCUUCUGGCUGAAGCAUGGGGUUUCACAGGUGUGGUUGCAGUAUUGUUUUGUGGCAUCACACAAGCACAUUACACGUACAAUAAUUUGUCUACAGAGUCUCAGCAUAGAACAAAGCAGUUGUUUGAGCUUCUCAAUUUUUUAGCGGAGAAUUUCAUCUUUUCCUACAUGGGGCUGACGCUGUUCACCUUCCAGAAUCACGUCUUUAACCCAACAUUUGUCGUAGGAGCAUUCAUUGCUAUUUUCUUGGGAAGAGCUGCCAAUAUUUAUCCCUUGUCUCUCUUACUUAAUUUGGGUAGAAGAAGUAAGAUUGGAUCAAAUUUUCAACACAUGAUGAUGUUUGCUGGUCUUCGUGGUGCAAUGGCAUUUGCCUUGGCCAUUCGAGAUACUGCCACUUAUGCACGACAAAUGAUGUUCAGCACCACACUUCUGAUCGUGUUUUUUACUGUGUGGGUAUUUGGUGGUGGCACCACUGCCAUGCUGUCAUGCCUGCAUAUAAGGUACUAUGCUAGACUCUGGGGAUACAGAGAUGAAUUGACACAUGGCCUUUACCCUCAAGAAGCUCACAGUCUUUUUGGGGAGACGGACAGGGUUGGUGUUGAUUCAGACCAAGAACAUUUGGGUGUUCCUGACAACGAAAGGAGAACCACCAAAGCAGAGAGUGCCUGGCUCUUUCGGAUGUGGUACAACUUCGAUCAUAACUAUCUGAAGCCCCUGCUGACCCACAGUGGGCCUCCUCUGACUACCACACUCCCAGCCUGCUGUGGGCCAAUCGCCAGGUGCCUGACCAGCCCCCAAGCAUAUGAAAACCAGGAGCAGUUGAAAGAUGAUGACUCUGAUCUCAUUCUCAAUGAUGGUGAUAUCAGUCUGACAUAUGGGGAUUCUACUGUGAACACCGAGUCCGCAACAGCCAGCGCCCCAAGGAGAUUUAUGGGCAACAGUUCUGAAGAUGCCUUGGACCGGGAGCUUACAUUUGGGGACCACGAACUAGUCAUUCGUGGCACACGCCUGGUUCUUCCGAUGGAUGAUUCUGAACCUGCGUUAAAUUCAUUAGAUGAUACGAGACACAGUCCGGCCUAAGCGCUCUGAUGCUCAGUUAGUGGUUUGUAAACUUUGCACAUGUGAUUGUGAAGAAAUGUGUACUACCUACAAGUCCUAGUGCAUGUCUCUGAAUGUGUAAGCUAUAUAAAUGCCGUUUAUAUGGCAUAGGAAGAAUAUAAAUACCCUGUACAAGGCAGAUUGUGAAAAAACUGUUCUCUUAAGUUUUUCUGGCUUUACUACAUAUUGGCCAGAUCUGUUUUAGAAACUUACUUUCACAGUGAUGUUCUGUGUUCUGUUACUUUUAUGUUUCAGUUAAAGCAUAAAAAGUGACGGAUUGACUCUUUCUUAUAUUUAUCUGAGUACCGAGUUCUUGUGCUGUGAGUUAAUUUGUGUGUGGCAGGGAAGGGGAGGGAAGGGGGAGCUGUUAUUCCCUCGGGAACCCGGGAGGAGAGGUUCCUUUGUUGGAAAAACUUUUGUUGAUUGCUGCUGCCUUUGUCGUGACUUUUUCUUUCCCUUUUCUCUGGUGGCCCUUUGUGGUGCAAGGAGCUGAUGGCAUUUUGAUCUCACCCCAUUCAGGUUGGGGACUGAAGUGUGGGGGCCGUUUUCCCCCAUUGAUGUGAAAGAACAGAUUUCUUGACUACAGUACAUUGAUGCUCUGAGAAAGAAGGCUACAAAUGACCUCCAAGACCUUAUUUCUUUUCUUUCACACCAAGACCAUAGGAAUUGCAUCCAGCUGGCUUAGCUAAAAUACAGGUGUAUAUCGUUCAGGGCACUUGUUACAGAUUUGAGGGCGCUGGAGCAAGUGGACAUGGGGAUAGUGGUGUUGGAGGUCUCUCUUCCCAAAUAUGUAAAUAGUCUAUACCAGAUAAGUUGAAAUAGGAAAUGUACUUGCUGCUUCAUUUUUGAUUAUGUUCAUUGUGUGUAUAGCAAGCCUUGUCACCAGAAGUUUUUUUUAUAUCAACUUAAAUCGCUGCUCUUUAGCAGCCAAACAGGAGCAAAAUGUAAAAUUUUUAAACUCGUUAUGUUUAAAGGUCACUUGUUAGUUGAUAGUUAAUGUUAAAAGUUAAUUUAUGAACCCACACCUGUUCUGUACUGCACCAGAGGCGGCCGUGAGAGGGAUGCAGUGUUCUGCAUUCUUUGAAGGGAUUCUCCUGGUGUAAAGUGGGUGCGCUUGUUGUCUUCAUUGUCGUGUUACUUUUUAAUAAUAGACACCUAAGCUGCCAUGUGUUACUUUUUGAUGGUUUUUGAGGAAGAGCACAGAACAAAUUUUCAUUUCAUAUUCAUAGUAUGAAAGUGGUUUCUAUUUUGUAAUGCUGCAAAUACCUAAAGGUACAUUGAACACUUGGAAGGGAACACUUUUUGAUGCUGAUUCUGACCUGUUUCUGAUUCAGGAGAAAAAGAUACAAAUCUUGUGGAUUUUUCUCCCUCAGGUCCAAGUAGCAUUGCCUUAAAUCUAACCCAAUUAGAAACUUGAUUACUUAUGUGACGUUCAAAUUUUCCACUGAAAAAUACCCUUCCAAACAAAGCACGCACUUACUCUCAAAAGGGUUCUGUGCCAUUGCCAACACUCCUUGAGACUUUACAGGAAUUCUCAUGGUGUACCCUUCGUGGCAGCCUUGACUGUUGGCAUAGCCAUUUGUUAUGUAGUGGUAGUGACUUUCCUGCUAUGCAGGAACAACUCCUGUGAAGUGUACGUUUUAUAUGAUGCGUGGCUCUUCAUGCAGUAAAUAAUUUCUUUGUUAAUGUAUGUUUGAGGGGUUUUGAAUGUCAGCAUCAUUGACCCACAAAGUUAUUCAAGUUGUAAAAGGGUAUACAGUGAUUUAACUACUAUCUUUUUUAUUCUGUCAGGUUACUGAGCUCACCUUAUGAAAAUGGCUAUAAAUACUUAGCAUGACAAAUUAUAUGUAACCUGUCUCUUUUUAGCAUGCAUAAGAUUUCUCAUUAAGGAAACUGAUAACGCUUGAGUCCACUAAAUCUGCCUUCAGUACUUUAUCAAAGGAGAACGAAGCUUGUUGUACUUAUGUAUUCAUCUGGAAGCCUUUUUUUCCCCCUCUCUUGUCUGUGUACAGCAUCCCCAUGCAUAGAGCAAAGCAUCUCUGUUGAGACAGUCAUUAGAAUUAAGCACCUCAAUGAACUUUGAUGAAGUACAGUGUGAGUUACCAUCAUGCAUGAGUGAACGCUUGUGGACCUGUUUUUCUGUUGUUUGUGGAACCUAUGUGUUUGAUUGACUUGAACACUGCAUCUCUCAGAGUUGUUUUUAAGGUCUCUUGGCAUUUAUCCUAGUCUGUGUUUGGCAGCGUGCUGUUAAAGUACUAGACUUCUAAUCUGUACGUGCUUUCUGUUUUCCCUUGGAGUACUGGGAAAGAUGUUCUAGUGGUUUCUUUUAGGAAAAUCUGUCAUUAAAAAAAUUAUAGCCUUGCAAAUAACCAUUCACUGUUAUUUGAGUCACAGUUUAUUCUAGAGAGACAUAAAGAAUGCUGACUUCAUUUAUUUUUCUACCUAUAUACAUACUGGAAAAGGGGAAGGGCUGGUGUUGUAAAAAGAAACAUGACAGAAAACUUAUGAGGUGGCAGAGUUGGGGUGCUUAGGUAUAAGGGUGGAUGUAUUUGCUUAUGGUCACAAUUGUACCAUUUAAGAAAUACUGGUCAAAGCCAUCAAGUUCCAUUACAUUGAUUUGUAGCUUGUUAGCACAAUAGCAGAAAAUGUCGUGAAAAUAGUUGUAUUGUACAGCAGGCAGGAUGGCUGUGAACUGGGUUAAGUAGAAAGGCAGUUCCAGGUUUGCCUGUAAAGUAUGACCAUUAAAUCUUUCAUGUUAAAGGUA